AUGCUGCUGUCGUCUUCUACACUUCGUGUAACUCCGCCCAAGGAGGAGCAGAGUGCACAUCUUUUUGUGCUAGUUCACGGAUUAUGGGGCAGUCCAAAUCACAUGUUGACCAUCGAAAGGUUGGUUAAAGACAUGUUGCCGCUGGUUUCGGCGGAGAAAGUCGUCACUUUGAAGCCGUCGAGUUUUCGGUUCUGGAAAACAUAUGAUGGGCUUGAAAGAAAUGCCCGACUGGUGAUCUCCGAGAUUUUCUACGAGAUUGAGACUCUCAAGCAGAAGAACAACUACAAUGUCACUAAGAUUUCAUUUGUAGGCUAUUCGCUUGGCGGACUUAUUUCGCGGUACUUGAUUGGACUUUUGGAGGAAAUGGACUUCUUUGCAACUGUCAAGCCUAUCUUCUUUUCGACUUACGCUACUCCUCAUGUUGGUAUAGAGUUCUUUGCUAACAACAUCUUUGACAACACAGCCAACGCUGUGGGUCCAUACCUUUUUGGACCUUCGGGUCGCCAAAUGUUUGUAGCCGAUACCGAUAAAGCUCUCCGUGAAAUGGCUGAUCCAAACAAAAAGUUCUAUCUCGGAUUGGCAAAAUUCGAGAAGCAUAUUCUCCUAGCCAACGUAAAAAAUGAUCGUACCGUAGCCUUUUUCACUUCUUACAUCACCGAGUACUCGCCCUUUGACGACUGGAAGGUUGUCAAAAUCAAAUACUUGAAGAACUUGCCCCAUUUGCUGGUGGGAGACGUUCAUGUCAGACCGAAAUUCGUCGAUUUGACAAGAACGCAUCAGCUUUCACCUCAAGAUAUCAAGACUUUUGAGGGAAAUAAGCAGGAGGCUAUGACUUUUCUCCAGAAGAAUAAGGUUGCCAAGAUUCUCGCUGUCGCAGCGUUGGCAGCGUUCUUCUUGCCCUUCUGGAUCCCCUUAGUGUUGAUCACCAGUUUGUACGUUUCUGUCUACAGUCUGAUCAAGGUCCGGUUCUUGUCGUUACCGGAAGUUGAAAAGCAUUGGAACACGCUCAAAGACACCGUGUACGGUAACUCGCCUGUAGAUCCUAUAGAUGUUCAGAUUGGUACGGAGCAACGUAAGAGACGAGCACAGUUGAUUCACCAGGAGUCUUUUAAGGGAGAUACCUCGCUGAUCACCGGCAAUGCCAUGGAAAACAUCAUGUAUGCGGAAGAAAGGUUUGUAGGAAAAAAUGGGGAUAUCAAGGAAGACGAAGAAGGCGAUAGUGAGAACUCUAACAACACUAUCACCGAGAACUCGGCCAAUGGUUCUCCUGUUAAAGACGAAGAUGAGCUUGUUUCAGACAAGAACAAGAAGAGGUUGGUAUCUGUGAGUCUAGAAUUGAACGACGAAGCUGCCAGGUUACAUCUAGCUACCUUGAAGGUUAAGGAUGUAGAGAAAUUUCCGCUUUUCAACAGCAAGACAAAGUUAGAAAUGGGUCCUGAUAAGAAGUUUAUCAUUGACUCGUUAAAUCGGCUCGAUUGGAUCAAGGUGCCAGUAUAUUUGGACUGCUGGAAUGCUCAUGAUGGUAUAGUCAGUCGUAAGGGCCCUACUUCCAACGCAAAAGGAGUGUCUAAUAUCGUUAUCUGGUGCUCACUAUUACGGGAGCAUCUCAAAAGUACGAUGGUUAGACUGUCCAGUAAACCUACAGAUGAUAUAUAG